AUGGCCAGGUUCCUUCGUGAUUUGGACGAGUUCAGACGUUAUAUGGAUGACGUUCCAACCGGUCUACUAGCUUUGCCUGAUUAUAAGCGUGAUGCUGAUAAUCGUGUUAUCGUUCAUCAUGGGGAGGUCUUUUGCCGUGUUCGAGAUUGUCGAAAGUCAAAGCAUGUUUUCAAUGAAACUGGCAACUUACGAGUCCAUGUUCGAGCUCACGAGGGAAUUGAAAUCUCUCCAACCAACGUCACUAAGGGCCGCCACUCAGUGGCUCAGGAGGAUCAGGUUGUCGCUUUCUUCAAGUCUCUCUACGGACCGACCCCUCCUGCCACUGGCACUGCCACUAUUACGUCUUUGCCGAAAAAAACUUCGCCAACUCCCCACCGUGUGGCCAAAACCAUAAGUGGCAAGGCUGCUAAGCCUGAAAUCCCUCUGACGAAAAGAGACCAAGUGUCGAUUCGAGGUGUGAAAGGAUGGUUAAGGACUGAAAAGGGCAUUGCUAAGUUCCCAGCAUGUAAUUCAUGCAAGCUUCAGAAAGCUAGAUGUUUGACAAUGCCGUUUACCUGUACCUACCUCCAGCAUUUCGAUUACUCGAUGCUUGAGCGUCCUGAUGGUCUCGUUGAUAUCUCUGACGCUAUUGAUGAGAUUUAA